CCUGUCAAGUACUCGAUAGUUUGGCAUAGUCAGCUGAUGGCAAAAUGCAAUUAAGUGUUUCCUGUAAUAUUUCACGAAAUCUAUUCUAAUUUUUGUGCGCGAUCGUGAAAUUUGUUGAAAAUAAUCUAUUCGUAAUCUACUAACCUUCUAUUUCAAGUUUCCAAAGGAAUAUAGAGGGAUUCACAAGACUUUUUAUAAUUAUUUACCAGAAGCAAAUCUACCAAAAACAAAAUGCCUCUAAGUGCAGAUAUAUCUACAGCUCUUCAUUUAUUAGAGCAUGUGCAGGAAAGAGUAGAAGAUUGUAAUGAUCCAAAGCUACAAAUGCAUACUACUCAAGAUAUAAAAUCUUUAAUUUCUCUUCUGGAAGAUCCAGUAUUUCGUAGUAUAGUGACCAUUCAAGAUUCUCUGAUCGAAUUAAAUACUCAACUAGGCCAGCAUCCGUCUAUUAUCCCUGGGGAUUUUGAUAUAAACAUCAGUGGACAACUUGAACUUUCUGUUCCUAGUACACCGGUUCAACCACUUGGAUCAAAUGUAUAUCAAGAUCUAUAUCAAGAUAGCAGCGAACUAGAAGAUCAAAGAGUUCCAGUUGUUCCAUUGGUGCAUAGUAGCAGCGAAGAUACUAGUGCACAGGUUACAAGUCCAAGCCUUGUAUCGGAAGUUAUGGGAAUGCCUCCAAUUACAACAACAACAUAUGUUAAAGAAUUUAAGAAGGUAAUUGAAGCUGCAGCAAGAGGUCGUCAAGUAUUUACUGUGCAGUUGUAUAAACCAGAAGGUACUAGUUUGGGAUUUAGUGUGGUUGGUCUUCGCAGUAAGGAUAAAGGAGAGUUGGGUAUAUUCUUGCAGGAGAUACAACCAAAUGGCAUAGCUGGUUGCGAUGGCCGAUUGGUAGAGGGAGAUCAGAUAUUGGCGAUAGAUGGACAACCACUAGAUUCGAAUAUCUCUCAUGAGCAGGCAAUCUCGAUCCUCCAGAAGGCACGUGGUCUGGUUGAGUUGGUCGUAGCAAGAAGCACUCAAGACGUUGGGAGUUCUUUGCCGACGGAUGAGUUGUCCGGAGCAUCGAGUUCGACAGCGGCCGCGGGAGCAGGUGUGUCCAUCAUCAGCGGCGUUGUCGGCGGGGCAACGAACCAGGCCAGCUCCGACAAGGAUCAAUCGGUGUCCACGUCGUCCGUCGUCACACCGGCACCGACCCCCAAGUCCAGCCAACCGGCGAGCACCGCCUCGGCGGCAACGCCGACACCGACACCGCCGACCUCGACCCCGGUACCCGGAGGCCUCGUUGUCGAAAGGAGCCCCUCCGCCGUCAGCGACGCCUCCAAGAGUGGCUCUGACAUGGUGCUGAACACGGAAUGGGCACAAGUUGAGGUAAUAAAUCUGAUCAAUGAUGGUAGCGGUCUUGGAUUCGGAAUCGUGGGUGGACGAAGCAGCGGUGUUGUCGUCAAGACAAUCCUUCCAGGAGGUGUCGCCGAUCGAGAUAAUCGGUUGCAGAGCGGGGACCAUAUAUUGCAAAUCGGCGAUGUCAAUUUGCGGGGAAUGGGAAGUGAACAGGUUGCGGCAGUCCUGCGACAAUCCGGCACGCACGUGCGUCUCGUUGUCGCGCGACCUGUGGAACCAACCUCGCCGGAUUACCAGGCACUCGGCAGCCACGCUCCGAUCGUACCAACCAAGAUUCUGGGUGACCCGGAGGAGUUGGAUCGUCACCUGGUGCACAGCGUGCCGGAGACGUACAACAUGCGCCACGUGCAGCCCGACAGCGCGUACGACAACGGCUUCAUGUACUCCCAGGAAUCUGACGUCGAGAUGCACGCAAGGCCAGGUCUCAUCAUGGACGUAGUACGCAACCCAAUGCCAAUUGGAGCGAUGCCAGUGAUACCGACGGUUCCGGUGCAGAUCCCGGAGCUUCCGGUCCUCACCAUGGACACCAUUGAUGUUAACUCACUGCCAGAAAUGGAACGAUUCACCGUCGAGCUUAAGAAAGACAUUUACGGCCUCGGGAUUACCAUCGCUGGAUACGUGUGCGAGAAAGAAGAGUUAUCUGGCAUUUUCGUGAAGAGCAUCAGCGAGGGAAGCGCGGCAGACUUGAGCAACAAGAUCCAAAUAAACGAUAGAAUAGUGGAGGUGGACGGCCAUUCUUUACAGGGUUACUCAAAUCACGAGGCUGUGGAGGUGUUACGACGUACAGGGCAAACGGUAGUCCUUUGUCUGGAGAGAUAUCUACGUGGACCAAAGUACGACCAGCUUCAACAGGCGAUCGCGGCCAGUGAACUGAGACUACCUCAACCGAGCUCUCCAUCCAUCACCAGUUUGCCAAGCUUCCCGAUUAGCGCGGAUGGAGAAACUACUACUGAAAUAGAACCUGAAGGAGAGUCGCAUACAACUGUCGACAGCGCGAUUCUCCAGGAUGGUGAUCGCGAAAGAGGGUCGGAGGAAUUGGAUGACGCCGCCAAUGUGGAAGCUUUGUUGAGCGAUCCAUCCAGCGAGCUUACGCCUCAAAUUCGUGCCGCCAUUAAGGCGAAAUGGCAGAAGAUCGUCGGACCAGACACGGAGAUUGUGGUGGCGCAAUUGAAGAAAUUCGCAGAAGGCAGUGGUCUUGGAAUAAGCUUGGAAGGGACUGUGGAUGUGGAGAACGGGCAAGAAGUGAGACCGCAUCAUUACAUAAGAUCGAUCCUUCCGGAAGGACCCGUAGGACAAAAUGGAACGCUUCGUUCCGGGGACGAAUUGCUCGAGGUGAACGGAUAUCGAUUAUUAGGUAUCAACCACAUGGAAGUAGUUAGCGUGUUAAAAGAAUUACCCAUACACGUUCGAAUGGUUUGCGGAAGGAACAUCGCUUCUCAGGAUCCUCUUUGUCCUAUCGACACUGCUCAACACCAAGCCGCUUUCCAAACCAGAAGUAUCCUUGGAGGAUCUCUGCAGAACUUGCUACCAACGAUGGACCGUCUGGUGAAGGCAAAGUCUGACGGCUCGUUGGCGUCGACGACGACCACGGCUACGGUGACGGAUGCCAGUUUGAACAAGAUGAAAUCGCGAUCUUUGGAACCGUUAACUGGCCUGGCGAUGUGGAGCUCCGAACCGCAGAUCAUCGAAUUGGUAAAGGGAGAACGGGGCCUUGGGUUCUCCAUUUUGGAUUAUCAGGAUCCAAUGAACCCCAACGAAACUGUGAUAGUAAUAAGAUCACUGGUGCCCGGUGGCGUGGCUCAGGUCGACGGGCAGCUGAUACCAGGAGAUCGUCUUCUAUUCGUCAACGACAUCGCCCUGGAGAACGCGACGUUGGAUCAGGCGGUGCAGGCGCUCAAAGGCGCCCCCAAGGGCACCGUGCGGAUCGGUGUGGCCAAGCCGUUGCCCAUUCCAGACAGUAUUGUCCAGAGGGUGCCGCCAAUUUGUCCCGUGAGACGCAGCAAAAGCUUCCCAAACGAGAGCGAAACGACCGAUCACGCAGCCGAGCUCGAGGACUUCCUCUCCUCCAGAUCAGGAGUGACGGAGCUCUCGAUGGACAAGCCAAAUGGGAUAGGAUCCGAAGAGGAGGAGGAGGAGGAGGAGGAUCACUGGAAGGACGCGUCGCCCAUCACACCCACUUGCAGCCCCACCAAACACCCGCCCAAAGCUAUCGAAACAAGGACGAAAACCGUGGAAGUCGAGGUGCACGACUUCCAGCCGACCAGUCCUCUCGAAGGAAAGGACGUGAUCAUCAUCGACAGCAGCGCCACCCCGCCCAGCAAGAAGAUGGCGAUGAAGCGGGAAUCGACGACAGGCGUGGAGAAAGUAGCGCCGAAAGUGAAAUUAAAGAGGGAGCAGGUGGUGGUAGAGGCGGACGACCAAUCGCAAAAAGUGCCUGAAGUAGCUGGAUCAUCGACAUCCGUGGAGAAGAAACGGGUAUCCACGACGAGGGAAGCCCCGACAAGCGACGCGUCGUCCGACAGAGGCGCCAAGAAGAAGACGUUCAACAGGAAGGAUCAAGACAGGAGAUCCUCGAGAAGAAAAAUCGAGGAGGAAUCUUCGAGGGGAGGGGAAGAACCGGACGAUGGAUCCAGGAGGAAGAGGGAUCCGGAGGAAGUGACGAUCAGGAGCAGGGAGGAGAGGAAGAGUCUGAGGGAGCAGGAGUGCAUCGAGAGAGUGACGGAAUUCCUGACCAAGCACAGCGUGUUGACCUAUCCAGAACUGGGUCCGACGGGUGAACAGGAGGAGCAAGCGCAACCACCGUCCAACCUCUUGGAGAUCCAGGAAGCGCCGAUUCGAGGUGCCGCCACCUCGAAGCAGGAGCCGCCACUGGCAAGAACGAGAAGCGUGAAGAGAUCCGAAGAGGCCGCGAAGGGUCUGCCGCGAGAAACCAGUUGUUCCACGCAGCAGACGGUUGGCAGAGUGGCCGUGACACCUGGCAAGCCUCCAGAAACUCGCGACGAGGUUAUCAAAACAGCAGCGAGCCAGGCAGAGGCGGACGCUCCGGCGACGAAACGUCGAAGCUCCAUGAGAAAGAGAACCUUUUCCAGGGAAUCGUCAAGGGAAUCAUUGUUGGACGACACGAAGAAAGAGGUCAGGAUACAGGAGAACGUGGAAGAAUUCUUUUUCGAGGACACCAGCGAGCAGAUCACCGGCAUCGUUCCUGAGGUUCAGCUGGUCAAAGCUAGGAUAAUCACCGCGGAGGAGGUGGCGGCGAAUAGGGUGGAGGAGCCGAUGAGGAUCGAGGUCCACUCGCCACCGGAAGUGGCGGUCGUUGUCAACACCACAGACUCGGUCAGGGUGAAGAGUGGAAGGGUCCCGUCGCCCGAAACCGUGGACAUGUCCCAGUUGCAAUUGAUCAGCCUGGCAAAAUCGACAUCCGAGAACACGUUGAUCGACAAGGAGGUCGUCGGCGACGAGGAGAACAAAGUUUCCGAGAGGAAUAUCAAGGCUGAGAUUUUGCUCGACUUGUCCAAGGUGUCGGAUGUUGGGGACGAGGGGGAGGAAUCGAUCGAGGGGGAAAAGAAGGAGAGACGGUUGAGCCGAACCGGGAGCGAGGGGUCGAAGAGGAGUGGAUUGAAAGGUCAGGGAAAGUUGAGGGAGAGGGACGGUUUUAAAAUCGGGAGUUUGGCGCAACCGGAUGAACCGGAACUCACCGUGUUGCUGGAGAACGAGAGGAGGAGGAACGUUGACGACGACAGAGACAGUUUGGUGGAUUUCGGUGUGGAGAAAGUAAUUAGGAGGGAGCCUGCUGACCAACGAGUCGAGGAGGAGGUUCUUCUUCCAUCGUCGAGGAGGAGGAUCCUUCAAACUAGAAGAGGACUAGCCGAGUUCGAGGAGGAAGCGCGGUUGGAUCGGACACCGGUCGCGGAAUCGAGAGAUUAUGAGAGAGCGGGGCGGCUCGAGGAAUCGGUCACCUUCAGGCCCGAGCUCAGAGGAGGCGAGGAGGACAGCAGCUUGAUCAGCAAGGAGCACUCGUUGGAAUACCAGAGCCAGACACUCGAAAGCCAAUCGGAGAGUCAUCUGUUGCUCUCAGCCUCGUUGGAGAGCCUUCUUCUCAGAUCGGCCCCGGACAGCUGGCCUGGGAGCCAACGGUUGGACAGGAGCGAGGGAUCCGAGCGCAGCUUCAAAGAGACCCAGUACUCGCCCAAGGAGAGGCAGGACGCCCAGACCCAGACAGAGCAGGAGACGAAGAGCACCCAGUGCAGCCCUGAGGAGCAGGCAAGCGCGGCGAGCCCGAUAGGGGAGGAGACCUCUUCCUGGGAGAGCCCGAAGCGGUUGGCUUCGAGGAAGCAUCAUCAGAGCCCGAGACGCGAGGUCGAGACUCAGACUCAAGGGGAGAGCAAGAGCGUGCAGUGUUGUCUGGACGAGUUGGGCGGUUUGUCGAGGAUUGUUCAGCCGCGAGAAUCGGACGAGUCGUUCGACAACAGCCCGUCCAGGUCGGAGAGGUGUCAGGUGAAGGAGUCGAAGAGCGUCCAGUGUCUUCCCGGGGACAUUCCAGGGAUCGUCUCGAGUUCGGUGGACGGUGAACCGUCGUUGAAUCAGAGAGAGGGGAAGGUUGUCCCGCGUAAGGAGGUCGAGGUUCAAACUUAUCAGGAGUCGAAGGCCGUCCAGUGCAGCGAUGACGAGCUUCUAGAGGCGGCCGGUGUAGAAUCGUUUGGCGGUGUAGAGGAGGGUUUUAAGGGAAGGCGGAGGGGAGGAGGUAGUUCCGGGUCGUCGAGCUGCGGCUCGCUUUGCGAGCUUCCCACGUUGGUGUUCGUCGACGAGAAGAUAGACAUGACGGUCACGCACAGGGAUCACGAUGGAAACGUGAGCUGGUCGAAGCAUUGGGGGCCCGAGAGGCUGGUGGAGAUCUACAGGGAGCCGAAAACUAGUCUUGGACUGAGCAUCGUUGGUGGAAAGGUCGAUCUGCACAAUGGCAGCUCCAGCAAGUCGCAGAACAUAUCCGGGAUAUUCAUAAAGAAUGUGUUGCCGAACAGUCCAGCCGGAAGGACCGGCGAGCUGAAGAUCGGGGAUCGAAUAAUCGAGGUCGAUGGCGUGGACCUGCGGCACAGCACGCAUGAGCGGGCGGUUGAGGUCAUCCAAGCCGCCGGAAAUCCUGUCUGCCUUCUCGUCCAGUCUCUGGUGCACCUGAACAACGAGCACGGAGGGGAAGGGGAGGAAAGAAGGCAGAACGAUAGAAGUCCGAGAUUGGCGGGGACACCCACGGCGCCCUAUUCUUCCUUGGAGAAGGGAGGAGCAGUCUCGCCUGUUAGGUCCAUCACGCCGGAAGUAAUACAGGCAGGAAUCGAAGACGGGGAAAGGCAAAGUAGCUCAAGAUCAGAUUUCAAAAGACAGAGUACAAAAGCUUCAGAUGGCGCGGGAUCCAGCACGCGAAGAUCCUCCAUGAAAAAGUCUGUGCGCAAGAAGGCGCCAUCACCGCCUUCAAAUCCAGGAAUAUUGCGAGAGGUGAGCGAGGAGAAAGAGGAUAAUGCGUCGAAACCGGAAAAUCCCCCAAGACGGAAGUAUUCCUCGGACGAGAGCUCCGAGGAGGAGGAUGUGCGCGAGCUCGAGGGUAACGUUUACACGAAGGCUGGCAUGGAGAUUUCGAGGAAAAGCGCCGGAAAUGUGAAACGCAGCAGAGCGGAAAUUGAGGCGGAUCCGGAGAAGGAGGACGAGUUCGGUUACACGAAUAUGAAGAUACAGAAGAAAUACCAUUCGCUGGGGCACAAGGUGAUACUGGUGCAAGUGGAGAAAGACAGGCGUGGUCUCGGCAUUUCAUUGGCCGGGCACAAGGAUCGAAAUCGGAUGGCAGUGUUCGUUUGUGGCCUUAAUCCAAAAGGGGCAGCUCACAAAACUGGCGAGAUUUCGGUCGGCGACGAGAUACUUGAGGUAAAUGGCUGUGUUCUGCAAGGGCGAUGCCAUUUGAACGCAUCUGCCUUAAUUAAAGGAAUGGCUGGCACGUGUUUCAAAAUCAUCGUUUUACGGAGAUCCGCUGCCCUUAACGACAUCGCUGUCAAGCCCAUCGUUCAAUUCCCUCCGACAUUAGACGAUUCUGACAUGUUCAACCAGUACAAAGGAGUUCGCAAUAUACCGGUGAAGAAGGGCCAAUACGGACUUGGAAUAAUGAUCAUCGAGGGAAAACACGCGGAAGUCGGUCAGGGUAUAUUCAUUUCAGACAUUCAGGAAGGCAGUGCUGCAGAGCAGGCCGGUUUGCAAGUGGGUGACAUGAUCCUUGCUGUCAAUAUGGAUUGUCUGUUGGGCUCGACUUACGACGAGGCCACGAGUCUUUUGAAGAAGGCAGAGGGUGUGGUGACGCUCACAGUGUGCAAUCCUAAUCAAAGCAAAGUCGCCAAAGAGGAGGAGGACAGGGCGAAAGGAAUUCUACCGGCUGAAUCUGAACAGAAAAAGGAGCCAGAAAAGCCACCGGAACCGGAACCACCGCAGGAUCCGAAAGAUUGUAAGAUAGCGACUGGAAGGGAUACAACGAUAGAGUUCCAGAAGGACAAGGACAAAGGCAUCGGGUUCAUCAUAGCUGGUGGAUCUGACACGCCAUUGAAAGGGGUGUUCAUCGUCGAAGUAUUUCCGGACGGUGCAGCCCACAAGGACGGACGAUUGCAAGCUGGAGACCAGAUACUGGAAAUAUGCAGUCAGAGCUUCAAAGAGAUAGAGCAUGACGAGGCUCAUGCCGCUGUGUUGAAAGUUUCAGGAACCAUCACGAUGGUGGUGCACCGACAAGAGAAAGGGGAAGAGGAAAUCGAGGUCGAGUUGCAGAAGAAGUCGGGCAAAGGGGCUGGUCUUUGUUUGACGGGGUACAAAAGUGGAAAGGGGGCAUACGUAUCGGACCUGUUGCCUGGCGGUAGCGCGUUGGAAAGUGGAAAAAUCUGCAAAGGCGAUCGAGUGGUGGCAGUCGGUGGCCAGGAUGUUCGCGAAGCUCCGGUAGAGGACAUAGCUGUCCACGUGAAAGUUUCCAACCCGGUGCAAUUGAAGCUGGCCAGGUUCAAAUCCGCUAAGAAAUGACAGGGUUCUGCAGGCGGAACUCGAAAGGCGAGAAUUCGGGCGGCAAUCCCCAUCAGACACCACGGACUCUAGUGUGAUAUAAUUGACUAUAUCAAAGUAAUUAUAAAUACUGUUUAUUACAUGUAAGUAAUCCUAGAAGAGAGAGAGAGAGAGAGAGAGAGUAGAAAGAAGAGCGAAUGAGAGAGAGAGAGAGAGAGAGAGAGAGAC